AUGGCUGUCACAAAUGGCUCUAUGGUAACUGAAUUCAUUCUCUUAGGAUUAAUAGACCAGCCUGAGCUCCAAAUGCCCAUGUUCCUGCUCUUUCUAGUAAUGUACAUGAUAACUUCACUGGGGAAUUUGACUUUAAUUAUUCUCAUUGUGCUAAAUUCUCACCUUCACACUCCUAUGUAUUUUUUUCUUUUUAAUUUAUCCUUUGUAGACUUUUGUUACUCUUCUGUAAUUACACCAAAAAUGCUGAUGAACUUUGUACUAAAGAAGAACGUUAUCUCCUAUGUGGGAUGUAUGACCCAAUUCUACUUAUUUUGUUUCUGUGUCAUUUCUGAGUGUUAUGUCCUAACAUCAAUGGCCUAUGAUCGCUAUGUGGCUAUCUGCAAUCCACUCUUGUAUAACAUUGCCAUGUCUCCCAAGGUGUGCUCCUACCUUAUUCUUGGCUCAUAUUUCAUGGGCCUUUCUGGUGCAAUGAUCCACACUGGAUGUGUGCUGAGACUUAGGUUCUGUGAUGGAAACACCAUCAACCACUAUUUCUGUGAUGUCCUCCCUUUGCUGAAGCUUUCUUGCACUAACACCUAUGUCAAUAAGAUCGAGAUUUUCAUUGUAGCAGGAAAAGACAUCAUUAUACCCACUGUCAUCAUCUUUAUCUCUUAUGGCUUUAUCCUUUCCAGCAUAUUUCAAAUGCGGUCCACUGAGGGUAGGUCCAAAGCCUUCAGCACCUGCAGUUCCCACAUAAUUGCAGUCUCCCUGUUCUUUGGAUCUGGUGCAUUUAUGUAUCUCAAACCCAACUCAUCUGGACCACUGAAUAAUGGGAAAACAUCUUCAAUUAUUUAUACCACUGUGAUUCCUAUGAUGAAUCAUUAA